AUGACUCAAGCCGACAAGCUUCCCUCCUGGAGCGCUCUCCAAGCCCACCACGAUAGCGUGGGCCGAUCUUUCGUCCUCAAGGAGGAAUUCAAAAAGGACCCUCAACGCUUCGAGAAAUUCUCCUUCAAGUUCCCGAACACAUCCGACGGCUCCGAGAUCCUGUUUGAUUUCUCCAAGAACCUGUUCAACGAAGAGACGCUCAAGAUCCUGGUGCAAAUUGCUAAGGAGUCUGGACUGGAAGAGCUCCGCGAUCGCAUGUUCAAGGGUGAGAAGAUCAACUUUACGGAAGACCGCGCUGUGCUGCAUACUGCGCUGAGAAAUGUCAGCAAUGAACCCAUUGAGGUUGACGGUAAGGAUGUUAUGCCAGGAGUGAACAAGGAGCUGGCGCAUAUGGAGGAGUUCAGUGAGGCUAUUAGAAGCGGGGAGUGGAAAGGGUUUACGGGCAAGCCUUUGACUACUAUAAUCAACAUUGGUAUUGGUGGUUCUGAUCUUGGCCCGGUUAUGGUUACGGAAGCUCUGAAAUUCUAUGGCGACCGCAAGCAGACUCUUCACUUUGUGUCCAACAUUGAUGGAACGCAUAUGGCCGAGGCUCUCCGUGGCUCUGACCCAGAAACCACGCUUUUCUUGGUUGCUUCCAAGACAUUUACCACUGCCGAGACGACUACCAAUGCCCAAUCUGCCAAGGACUGGUUCCUGGCUAAGACUGAUGGCAAGGGCGACAUCGCCAAGCAUUUCGUUGCUCUUUCUACCAACGAGGGCGAAGUUACUAAGUUUGGUAUUGAUGCUAAGAACAUGUUUGGAUUUGAGAGCUGGGUUGGUGGACGAUACUCAGUCUGGUCUGCUAUUGGUCUAAGUGUCGCCAUCCACAUUGGAUUCAAGAACUUCAAGCAAUUUUUGGAAGGUGCUCAUGCUAUGGACAAUCACUUCCGACAGACACCUCUUGAGAAGAACAUUCCCGUUCUUGGUGGACUUCUUAGUGUUUGGUACUCGGAUUUCUUUGGUGCUCAGACUCAUUUAGUGUCACCAUUCGACCAGUAUCUCCACCGCUUCCCAGCUUACCUCCAACAACUAUCCAUGGAAUCCAAUGGCAAGGCAGUUGGCCGCGACAACCAAUUCGUAAAAUACACCACCGGACCUAUCCUCUUCGGCGAGCCAGCCACCAACGCACAGCACUCUUUCUACCAAUUGCUGCACCAAGGAACCAAGCUAAUACCCACCGAUUUCAUCAUGGCCGUAGAAUCCCACAAUCCAAUUGAUAACAAUAAGCACCAAAAAAUGCUGGCCUCCAACUUCUUUGCUCAGGCUGAGGCGCUUAUGGUCGGUAAGGGUGAUGAGCAACUCAAGGCUGAGAAGACACCUGAGCCACUCAUAAAGCACAAGACUUUCUUGGGUAACCGACCCACGACUUCCAUCCUGGCGCAAAAGAUCACGCCUGGCACACUCGGUGCGCUGAUCGUUUACUACGAGCAGCUUACCUUUACCGAGGGUGCAAUUUGGAACAUCAACUCCUUUGAUCAGUGGGGUGUGGAGCUGGGCAAGAGUCUUGCCAAGAAGAUCCAAGCUGAGCUUGAUGAGCCAGGUGUCCCAAGUGGACAUGAUGCUUCUACCGGUGGUCUCAUUGCAGCUUUCAAGGAGAAGUCAAAACUGUCCUGA